GGGUCUGUUCGUCCACAACUGAAAAGUCUUCAUGGAAAUUCCACAUGGUGGACACUUCUGAGAAAUCCCGAACGCAUUCUGCCUGGACAAUAUUGCAAUUAUAUAUAAACAAAACAGCUGCAGAGAUCUUGAAACCAAAGUCUCAAAGGUGAAGGGGAUAACUUUUCUUUUUUUUAAAUCCAAUGGAGUGGUUUUUAUCCAAGCAUUUGAUGUUGGUGUUGAUAGUGUUGCUCCAAAUCAAUGGAUACAAAGCUUGUUUGGCAGAGGAGAGAAUGGGCCUCUUAGAAUUCAAGUGGUUUUUGAAAUCCAACAAUGAAGACGCUGAUGGACUUCUCCGCUCAUGGGUUGAUGACGGGGAGAGUGAUUGUUGUGGGUGGGAGCGAGUUAAGUGCAACUCCAUUACAGGCCGUGUAAUCGAACUCUCCCUCGGCAAUAUAAGACAAAUUGACGAGAGUUAUGGCCUAAGGUGUGAUGAUACCCGGAUAUGGUCCUUAAACACCUCCUUGUUCCGUCCUUUCCAAGAAUUAACAAGCCUUGACUUGUCCAGAAACUGUUUCAAAGGUUAUCUUGAGACUGAAGGUUUUGAAAAGUUGUCAAGCUUAAAAAAGUUAAAAAUUCUAAACCUUCAAGAUAAUCAAUUUGACAAGACUAUCGUACCACCCUUGGGCACCCUCACAUCUCUGAGGGCUUUGACUCUUAGAGGAACAAAUAUUUUGGAAGAAUCAUCAUCUCCUAUCAAAGAGUUAGCAAAUCUAAGGAACUUGAAAAUGUUAGAUCUUGGAGGUAUCUUUUGUCACCACUCAGAUCUUGACUUCAUGCAAGUUGCAGGUUUUGAAAGGCUGUCAGCGCUGAAAAAGCUAGAGAUUUUAGUGCUGGAUUUCAAUUGUUUAGAUAAUUCCAUCCUUCCAUAUUUGAGCACACUCACUUCCUUAAAGAACUUAAGUCUAUCAUACAAUUCACUCUCAGGAUGGUUUCCUCCAGAUGAAUUAGCCACCCUGGUAAACUUGGAAAUAUUGGAUGUAAGUGGGAAUGAAUUCAAUGCAACUCAAACAGUGAAAGACUCUCGAAGGCUCUCAAAAUUGAAAAAGCUAAAGACCUUGGAUCUUGAUGCCAACAACUUUGAAGUGAGCAUUUUUCAAUCAUUGACUGCGUUACCAUUGCUUCGGAAUCUGAUGCUUAGCAGCAACGCUUUAGAAGGACCUUUUCCUACUAAAGAAUUGGCAAUUUUCAAAGACUUGGAGACUUUGGAUUUAAGCUCCAAUUAUCUGGAAGGCCACCUAAACAUGCAAGAACUUGCCAACAUGAGCAAUUUGAAGAUCUUAAACUUGCAAUAUAAUCGACUCAGUGAUGUCCUACCAGUCCAAGGUUUGGUAGUCUUCAAUAAAUUGGAGGUCCUGGAUCUGGCUGAUAAUGCCUUGAUUGGGAGCAUUUCCCAGUUUAUAUGGAACUUGUCCUCUGUCCAAAUUUUAUCUUUGGGAAAUAAUAUGCUCAACAGCUCUCUACCCAGUGAAGGCUUCUGUAGAAUGAAGAAGCUCAAAAAGUUGGAUCUUAGCUGGAACCGAUUUGAUGGGAUGCUUCCUACUUGUCUGAGCAAUUUUAAGUCUCUCAGAGAGUUGGAUCUCUCGUUUAACCAAUUCACAGGAAGUGUUUCUUCUCCAUUGAUAAGUAACCUCACAUCUCUUGAGUACAUCGAUCUUGGCUAUAACCAUUUCACGGGUUUGUUCUCGUUUAGCUCAUUUGCUAACCAUUCGAAGCUUGAAGUGGUGGCUUUGCCAAGUAACGAUGACAAUUUCGAGGUGGAAACUGAAUAUACAACUUGGGUUCCCAAGUUUCAGCUCAAGGUCUUGCUGCUAUCCCGUUGCAAUCUGAACAAGCUCACCGGGGAUAUCCCAAAGUUCCUCUCUCACCAGGCAUACUUACUGCAAGUCGACCUCUCACACAAUAACUUAAAAGGAGAUCUCCCAAACUGGAUGCUUGAAAAUAACAAAAGUGGACUACUCCAAGAAAAUUUUGGGGAGAUGCUUCCACGUCUGGGAUACUUGAAUUUAGCAGAAAAUGCUUUUGAGGGUCAAAUUCCACCCUCAAUUUGUAAUAUAAGUAGCCUCUGGUUUUUGGAUUUAUCAAGUAACAACUUCUCAGGAGAAGUACCAGCACAGUUGACUGUGGGUUGCACCAAUUUAUAUGUUUUGAAAUUAUCAGACAACAGAUUUCAUGGCCCUAUAUUCUCAACACAAUUCAACCUGCUUUGGGUACAAGUGCUGCUUUUGGACAACAACCAGUUUACAGGAACUCUAUCCCACGGACUCUUCAACUGCUCUGGGUUGGAAUUCUUGGAUAUCAGCAACAACUAUUUUUCAGGUGAAAUUCCUAAGUGGAUGCAUGGCAUGACAUCUUUAAGAACACUCAUCAUGCGAAAUAAUUCUUUCCAUGGUCGGAUCCCUCAUGAAUUCCCUGAUGUACACUAUGUAGACCUCUCUUAUAACUCAUUUACUGGCUCUUUAGCCUCUUUCUUGCUCCUUGGCUCUGUGAAGCAUCUACAUUUGCAAGGGAAUGCAUUCACGGGAUCAAUACCAAAACAUGUCCUAAAGCCUGAAUUUCUAUUGACAUUGGAUCUUGGAGAUAACAACCUUUCCGGAAAAAUUCCCCAUUCAAUUGGCCAACUUUCUGAAUUGAGGGUUCUGUCAUUAAGAGGAAACAACUUCAUUGGCCAAAUUCCAAAUUCCUUGUGUCAGCUGAGCAAGAUGAGCAUAUUGGAUCUUUCCAAUAACAGUUUCUCCGGGCCAAUUCCCCAUUGCUUCAAUAAUAUGACUUUUGGGAAGAGAGGGGCUAAUGAGUUCUACGCUUUUUUUCAAGGCUUGAUUUUAUUCUUUUCAAGACGUGUUGUUUACAAGUAUGAAGGCCUUCAAGGACGAGAGCCAGCCAACACAAUGCGAGGCAGGAAUGAGGAUCCAUAUUCGCAAUACGAACCACAAGAUGAAGUUGAAUUUAUUACAAAGAGAAGGCAUGGCAUCUACAAGGGUGAUAUCCUCAACUUCAUGUCUGGACUGGAUUUGUCAUCUAACAACCUCACUGGUAAAAUCCCUUAUGAACUAGGACAGCUGAAUUCAAUCCAUGCAUUGAACUUGUCGCAUAACCGGCUGAUAGGAUCCAUCCCCAAGGAUUUCUCAAAACUUCACCAACUAGAGAGUUUGGACCUUUCUUAUAACAGUUUGAGUGGAGAAAUUCCUCCACAACUUACUAAUCUAAAUUUUUUGGCUGUGUUCAUUGUGGCUCAUAACAACUUCUCAGGUAGAAUUCCGGACAUAGCACAAUUUGGAACAUUCGAUGAGAGCAGCUAUGAUGGUAAUCCUUUUCUUUGUGGGUCAAUGAUAAAGAGAAAAUGUGAAACUGUUGUAGAUCAGCCGCCAACCAUGCUAUAUGAUGAAAGUGAAGGAAAGUGGUAUGACAUUGAUCCUGUCGUUUUCUCUGCAAGUUUUGUAGCAUCAUAUAUUAUGAUUUUAUUGGUAUUUGUUGCACUUCUCUACAUUAAUCCUUAUUGGCGAAGAAGAUGGUUCUAUCUCAUUGAAGAAUGUAUAUAUUCAUGCUACUAUUCUGCUUCUGAUAUGCUUUAUAAGUUAUCUGCUCUUUUGUACAAAUAGAACUUGGCAUGGAGGGAAGCUUAAAUUUGAUAAAUGUUGUUGUAAUAUGAAAUUGUCCAUGUACUUACCAAUGAAGUAUGAAGAACUGAUACUAUUUAUGAAA